AAAAAAAGAACCCAAAGGUUACAAAGAAAAUUUAUAAUACGAAACUUGUUAGUCCAAACUAAAGCAUCAAUAUAAAAGACAAAUCACUAGUAAAUGAAAUGUCAGAUGUACCACUUAAACGGUAAACGAUUAAAAUUUUUAAAAUUUCUUUAAACGAAAAAAGGCUAAAAGUUAUGACGGUCGUUUCAAAUGGCCAAUUUUGGAUGUACACUGUGGCGCUCCUUAUAGUUUGGAUAAUUGUUUUAACAACAGCUUUCAAUAGUGAAUCAAAUAUAAACAACAAAUUAACUUCACCCAACGACAAUAACGAGGAUGAAUUGAAAAAUACGGGAAAUUGUAAAGCUUUAUGCAAACAUUGUGGCUGUUUGGGUUUCUAUUGCGGCGAAGAGUGUAUUUGUGAGUGUAACAAUGAUCAUAAGGAUACAGAGUGCAUUAGUGUGAUACAAACAAAUGCUAAAAGCUUAAAUAUACCCUUUGAAAUUCUGAUACAAGGACCAACGGCCAAUACGUUUGUGCGUAAUGCUUUUCAAUUUGAGCAGAAUAAUGAAAGGAAAUCCUUUGGUUAUCGAAACAAGAGAUCAACUGUUACUGUCUAUAAGCCAAAUAAAGCUCAACAAGAUAGUCACUGCCUUCCAAAUGUGCACAAAAUAAAAUCAAACAGUGAGGCCAAAACUUUAGUAAAAGAUAUUUUUAUUGAGGCCAAAAAAGUAAAGGAACGUCGUAAACGUUCCUCUAAUCAAUUUAAUUGGUUUAAUGAUUUAAGUAAUAAUUUACUAAGACCAGCUCCAUUGGGUGGUUACAAACGUAAAACGGAAGAACCAAAAGAUCAAAAUAUACCCAAAACUUCAACGGUUUCUCCUAUAUUUGAUAAUUCUUGGUUUUUACAUAAUACUCCAAAUAUUAUAACACCAGCUCCGCUAAACAAACGCAAAAAUACUGAGACAGCAAGAAGUGAUAUAUCCCAGGAACAAGAUGAAGAAGAUUUAAGUUUGGAAAUCAUAAAAAAACAAACAUUUCAUGUGGAUGAUGAUCAACUUCAUGAUGAUUUUUCUGAUAAUCCAGAAAUCGAGACAGUAUAUAGUGAUGAAUUAAAAAGCAUAAAAGAGAAAGAAAAAAUAGAAACAGUCGAAUCAGAUAAUGCUCUAACACCUAAUUUAUAUAAACAAUUAUAUAAAGCUGACAAGAUAUCAUUUUUACCAGAAACAGAGAAGCAAGAAGAAUCUAUGAAGACACUAACAAGUGGUAGAUUCUUAAAAGAUAAUCUAAGUAAAACAGAGGAUAAACAUUUAUUUCUAUCAGAAGAAAAGGAACUAAAAGAAGAGUCACAGGAAUCAUUAACAAAAGAUUUAUAUUCUAGAUUGUUUAAAGAUGAUUUAAUUAAACUUAAGGAAAAAAUUAAAUUAUCAUUCGAAGAAGGAGACCCUAAAGAAGAAUCACAGGAACAAUUAAUUGGUUCUCUGUAUGCUCGUUUAUUUAAAGAUGAUUUAAAUAAAUUUGAGGAUAAAAAAUUGCUAUCUGAAGAAAGUAAAAAGCUAGAAUCUCAAGAAGCAUUAACUGGUUCUUUGUAUUCUCGUUUAUUUAAAGAAGAUACAAAGAUUUCGUUACCCAAAAAAAUGAAGAAAGGUUUACAUGAUUUACGUAUACCCUGGUUAAAGCCUGGAAACUUUUUCGAAAAAGUUAAAAAAGUGAUUGGAACAUAAUUUCGCCGAACACAGUCUAUUAAUUAUUGUACAUAUGUAUAUUUGUAUAAAUUAUUAUAAUUUAUUUGAUAAUUAAAUAAAACGUAUUAUAUAUUUAUUAAAUAAAAUUUAAA